AUGGCGUACGAGAAGGAGAGCAUUGAUAUCUGUAGCUUAGAUGAGAAAGACGAAGAAGAAGAAGAAGAAGAAGAAGAGGAAGAUGAUAUCGAUGAAGAGAGUAGUGAAGAUGAGGAAGAAGAAGAAGAGCUAGAUCGGAGUUUGAGUGGGGAUGAUAGCGAAUGGAGCGAAGAUGAUUCUACGGAUUCGAAUUCAGAUUCAGAUUUUGAUGACGAAGAUGAAGAAGAUGACGAGAAUGAGGAAGAUCACUUUCUUGUAGAUAAAGUUACUCGCCUGCUCAAAGGUUUAUCACUUUAG